GUGCUUCCUGGGAUGGGAACCACGCCGUUUCCUAGCCUCGGAGUGAGGAGUGAAUCGCGGAGCUUUCAACAAGAGCUUUAUUAAUUCUGAAGCUGGGAACUUGAAACUGGCAAUGGAAGUAGCGGCUAAUUGCUCCCUGCGGGUGAAGAGACCUCUGUUGGAUCCCCGCUUCGAGGGUUACAAGCUGUCUCUCGAACCGCUGCCCUGUUACCAGCUGGAGCUCGAUGCAGCUGUGGCAGAAGUGAAACUUCGAGAUGAUCAGUAUACCCUGGAACACAUGCAUGCUUUUGGAAUGUAUAAUUACCUGCACUGUGACCCAUGGUAUCAAGACAGCGUCUACUACGUUGAUAACCUUGGAAGGAUUAUGAAGUUAACAGUGAUGCUGGACACUGCUUUAGGUAAACCACGAGAGGUGUUUCGGCUUCCUGCAGAUUUGACAGUGUAUGACAAUCACCUUUGUGCAUCUAUUCAUUUUACGUCUUCAACUUGGGUUACCUUGUCAGACGGAACUGGAAGAUUCUAUCUCAUUGCAACAGGUGAACGUGGAAAUAAUGCUUCUGAAAAAUGGGAGAUUAUGUUUAAUGAAGAGCUUGGAAAUCCUUUUAUUAUAAUUCACAGUAUCUCAUUGCUAAAAGAGAAAGAAGAACAUUCAGUAGCUACCCUACUUCUUAGAAUAGAAAAAGAAGAAUUGGAUAUGAAAGGAAGUGGUUUCUUUGUUUCUUUGGAAUGGAUCACCAUCAGUAAGAAAAGUAAAGAUAAUAAAAAACAUGAAAUAAUUAAGCGUGAUACUCUCCGUGGAAAGUCAGUGCCUCAUUAUGCUGCUUUUGAACCAGAUGGAAAUGGACUGAUGAUUGUUUCCUACAAGUCCUUUCAGUUUGUUAACCUCAGUCAGGAUCAUGAAGAAAAUGAGGAGGAAAACAUGGCAAAGAAAAGCAAAGAACCUCUGUAUUACUGGCAACAAACUGAAGAAGACUUGACAGUAACAAUCCAGCUUCCUGAAGGUGUGACUAAGGAGGACAUUCAAGUCCAGUUCUCGCCUGAUAGCAUCUGCGUUGUGUUCAAUGGUCAGCUCUUUUUGGAAGGAAAGCUGUAUUCAUCUGUUGAUACGGAAAGUAGUACAUGGAUAAUUAAAGACAAUAAUAGCAUGGAAAUUUCUUUGAUUAAGAAGAAUGAAGGCCUGACGUGGCCCGAGUUGAUAGCUGGAGAUAAACGAGGAGAAUUCCUUCGGGAUCCAGCCCAGUGUGCUGCAGUAUCUGAGCGCUUGAUGCAUUUGACCUCUGAAGCACUGAAUCCAAACCCCGAUAAAGAAAAACCUCCCUGUAAUGCUCAAGAGUUAGAGGAGUGUGAUCUUUUUUUUGAAGAGAGCUCCAGUUUAUGCAGAUUUGAUGGCAAUACAUUAAAAACUACUCAUGUGGUGAAUCUUGGAAGCAAUCAGUACCUUUUCUCUGUCGUUGUGGAUCCUAAAGAAAUGCCCUGCUUCUGUUUGCGCCAUGAUGUAGAUGCCCUUCUCUGGCAGCCACACUCCAGCAAACCAGACGACAUGUGGGAGCACAUUGCAACAUUCAAUGCUUUAGGCUACGUCCAAGCCUCAAAGAGAGACAAAAAGUUUUUUGCUUGCGCCCCGAAUGCCUCCUAUGCAGCUCUGUGCGAGUGUCUCCGGCGCGUGUUCAUCUACCGGCAGCCUGCUCCCAUGUCCACUGUCCUUUACAACAGAAAGGAAGGCAGGCAAGUCGGCCAGGUUGCUAAGCAGCAAGUAGCAAGCCUAGAAACCAGUGAGCCUAUUUUAGGUUUUCAAGCAACAAACGAGAGAUUAUUUGUUCUCACUACCAAAAACCUCUUUUUAAUAAAGAUAAAUACUGAGAAUUAA